AUGUCGAGGUCUUCCAUCAGUGCCUUUGCUGCUCUGAGCACUGUUGAUGAUGACGACGACGAGUUGAUCAGGUACGAGCAGUCUGAUGAGGAGACCCAGACGGCUGUUGCGGACGUUGGACAGCAGGAGGUGCCUGUUGCGCAGCCGUAUGUGCCAGCCGUUUCUGCAGCGACCAAUGCUUCUGUGGUGAUCAAUUGCUCCAGGUUUACUCCUACGGCUCAGAAUGUCAUUUAUGGAUCGGAUUAUGUGAUUGUUGGGCUGAAUGCCGGGGAGUUUCUCAUGGUUAAGGGACAAUAUAGCCUGAAAAUUCAGCGAGGAGCAGUCCAGAUAGACUCUGUGCUUUAUCACUCGAGUCAGGAACCGAUACAGAUCCACGCAUUACCGAUUUCGAGCAUUCCGAUAAUCUCUGCGGCCCAGGUCACCGACCACAGUUUGGUGGAAGACACCAUCAGCCCCGAAAACGAGCAUCUAUUCAGCUCUGAGUACAAAUCUGUGGUUAGAAUCGAUAAUGUUUUCGACGGCUUGGAGAAGCUCGGUCUUCUCUAUCCGCAGUUGAAGAAUAUCCAUCCUAAUAGAGAGGACAACGACGAGUUUGUUGGCUCGGAGUUUGAAAAAUCAUUUUACAGCUACUCAUUCCGACUAUUACAUACACCGAGCAACAAUCUUGGAACAUACAUCAACAAGGACUGGAAAUCGGCAUUGAAUGGACUGGUCGAAGACGCAGAAGCUAGCCAGAGCAUACGAGUUUUGGUUAUUGGAGGUAAAAAUACUGGCAAGUCCACAUUUCUACGACUUUUACUUGAUCAGAUCCUUUCUAGAGAACUCGGAAUCACAAAGCUUUUGGACAUUGACCCAGGACAGCCUGAAUACUCUCUUCCAGAUAGCAUUUCACUGACAUCACACGAAAACCCAAUUCAUGGUGUCUAUUUCCCGUUCACCCGCAAAACCACUACGGAGGCUCGGUUUAUUGGAUUCAACAGUCCACAGCGACAACCGUUGCAGUACAUUUCACAGCUAAAGCAACUGGCAGAGCAGGUCAACAUGGACUCGGACUUGCUGCUAAUCAAUUCCCCUGGAUGGAUCAAAGGGUUUGGCAUAGAGAUUCUUAAGGAACUCACUGCAACCGUCAAUCCUACGCAUCUUGUAUACCUUUCACAUGGUCGCGACGACGAUAACGAACUUCUCAACAGUCUGAAGUACGAGAAACUGGUGUUCGUUCCUGCAUUUACCUCGCGUGGAUACGACAUUGUGCGUUACUCGCCCACACAGAUACGCAACUUUAGAUUUCUGUCAUAUUUCCACUACAACUACCAAGAGAAACGGUUUGAUUUUGAGCCGUUGCUUGCCAAGUCACCGUACAAGGUGAGCUACAUCGACACAGGUAAAAGGGACAAGAUUCUGAGCUUUUCGGGACUGACAGGGGUGUUUUUCCUGGAUUCGGCAAACAUCAACCAGCAGGACCUAAUUGAGUGUCUGGAAACCCAGAUCGUGGCCAUUUUCGAGCUCGAGUACGACGAGUUCCAGAAUUACUACGACGAGAUGAGCGCACGGGGACAGAUCGACUCUUUGGAGCCAUACCCCAACCUGUUCCGUGGCUCUUUAGACCCUGCUACCGCGAUUUUCCGCGGCCUGGCCUUGAUCCACUCCAUCGACACAGAAAAUAAGUUCAUCAACCUGUACACACCGAUCAAGAUCUCCAACCUUGUGGCGUCGCUGGCUGCCAACGAAACAAAGCUGAUUCUGGCCAAAGGGCGGUCUGAGAUGCCAUGGGAAGAGAUUGUGCCGAAAAUGGUGUCCAAAUCUAGACUGCCGUACGUCUCCUAUACGAGUUCCGGCAAGGGAGCGAAGUCCGUCAAUGUCAGACGCAAUAUCCAGCGCAAGAAAUAG